UUUAAUGGAAAGGAGUGCAUAUGCCAAAAAUGUACCAUCUCACCCACUGUCAGCAACAGUAAUCUCUCCAUCCAAUCUCUCAGAAACUGUGGUGGAUGUGGCUUGGAAAUAAAAAAUGGCCAAUCAUUGGUUGCCCUAGAAAAACACUGGCACUUGGACUGUUUCAAAUGCAAAACCUGUGGGGUUCAUUUAAAGGCAGAAUACAUUAGCAAAGAUGGAAUUCCUUAUUGUGAAAUGGACUACCAUGCUAAAUUUGGCAUCAAAUGUGAUCACUGCGAGAAGUUCAUUACAGGCCGAGUACUCGAGGCUGGUGAAAAGCAUUAUCACCCAACCUGUGCACGAUGUGUUCGAUGCAAUCAAAUGUUUGCUGAAGGCGAGGAGAUGUAUCUUCAAGGGAACUCAAUAUGGCAUCCAAUCUGCAGGCAAGCUGCCAAAACAGAAGAAAGAAAUAAGGAAACAAGAACUUCCUCAGAGAGCAUCAUAUCAGUCCCUGCAUCAAGUACCUCCGGAUCCCCAAGUAGAGUCAUUUAUGCAAAACUUGGCGAUGAGAUCAUUGACUACAAAGAUUUGGCGGCUCUACCCAAAAGUAAAGCCAUCUAUAAUAUUGACCGUCCUGACAUGAUCUCCUAUUCACCGUACAUCAGUUAUACAUCAGACGACAGGCAUAGUUAUGGAGAGUCACCUCAGUUGCUCUCUUCAACACCUACAGAGGGAGAUCUUGAUGAUCGGUCACUGAAACAGUACCGAGCGUCCAGCCCGAGCUCCACUGGCUCUGUAGGAUACGGCCGUUAUACUCCAACAUCUCAUUCACCCCAACAUUACAGCAGACCAGUUGGUACUGAGCCUUUUGGUACCAGCAGCUGCACAUCUCUGUCCCAACAUACAAGCCCCACAUCUACAUUCAGGCAUCAUUACAUCCCUUUCUUCAAAGGCAGUGAAAGUGGUCGGAGUACCCCCAGCUUGUCUAUGUGCUCAGACACCAAAUCCACAUCUUCGUCCUAUCAGCAGGCGCCCAGACAUUUCCAUGUUCCAGACACUGGAAGUAAAGAUAACAUCUAUAGGAAAGCCCCUAUCUACAAACAGCAUGCAUCUAGGAGAUCAGUGGGAGAGGAGCUCAAUAUGGAUCCAGAAACCAGAAAGGCUAAAACAAGCUGGCUGAUUCUGAAAGGAGAUGUGGAUGUCAGUUCUACAGACGCAGACACGCGGUCACUCUGCCUCAGUUCCGGAACCUACAGAGGUUCAUCCCAGAGAAAUGCAGGAGAUCCCUCCUACUCAGGGCUGCCUUACUCCAAGUCUGCAUCACUUCCUGGAUAUGGCAAAAACGGACUAAACCGGGCUACAAAUUUUGGUCAGUACGUGGAUGAUGAUGCCAGCUGGGGCAUGAAAGUUUCUUAGGCCUAUCCCUAUGAAAUGCUGAUUGUAACAAACCAACUGCGGGUGAAGCUUCCAAAAGACGUGGACAGAACCAGACUGGAG